AUGAAUAUGUUAAUUAUUAGAUUUCUUGCUCUGUGUAUACUAUUAAGGAAUGCAAAUGCUGCAAAGAACCAGCACGCAGUUGAAUUCGGCGCUCUAUGCAACUUGUUCACAUUAAAAGACGCGGCCGACCCGCCAGCAACCGAAGAAACAUCUGCGACUUUCUCGGAGCUAAGAACGCCAAUCUACAACCUCAAUGUAUCAGUAGCAGAUGACGACUUCCUAAAAGAUGCGAAUGGAAAAUACAAGGAUCUGAUGCAAGGGAACGAUGCGGCAAAACUAAAAGCGUGGCAACAGCACAUAACAGAGAUAAUAAACUCAAAACAUGGAGAUGAAAACAAACAAAUAUACGCCAAACUCACAAACAAAGCCCAAAAAGCCUCAGCGCAAGCGAUAAUAACACAACUGAUAAAACAAACGGACGCAAUACAAGAAAAAUACGACGCUGCCCAGAAGACAGCGACAGAAAGCCACGCAAAAGCGAUAGAAGAUAUACUCACGGCCAUAUACGGCGACAAAGACAGCAAGUACACAGAAGGCGACUUCGGCGGCAGCAGAAACAGCUGCGGCCCGACCAGCAACGGUAAUAGCGCGGCAGGAAAAAAUUUACUAGACGACAUGAUUUGCCUCUGCACAAACAAAGCGGCCGCCACCACCACUGAGUGCGGCAGCGCCACCGCGCCACAAGUAGACGGCGCCGGUAAUACCGGUCAGCAGGCGAUAACCCAUGUCAUCAGCCUUUGCAAAUCCCCGGCAAAACCACCAGCCCUAACCGGGGAACUAAUCGAGGCCAGACUAGCAAUAUUCCACAGCAUGCUGGGCCGGAAUCCCAACGGGGAAACCGGUGACGAAAUAAGAUAUGUCCUUGGAAAGUACAGCGCCAGCCAAUGCGACGGCGCCAGCGAACAAAACUGUGUAAACUACGUCGCACAGUUAAAGACACCCGGGACGGGAAUAACCUGGGAAAACAAAAUGAGGGAUGCGAUCGAAAAGCUAAAAGCUGGCCAAACAGCUUCUGCAGCUCUUCGUCACUAUCGACAACAGCUAAAAAACCUAGCCCUGACAGCAAGAAAUGCGUACGAAGCAGCAAAGCUAGCCACGGAGGGAACGACCUUACCACUGCCUCAAACAACUCCAGGAGUUGUUGAGAUCACAGAAACAGACACAACUUGCGAAAAGAAAGGAACAGGAGAUGAAUGUAAACCACCAUGCAAAGUGGAGGGAACAGGAAAGGAUGCAAAGUGCAAAUUGAAUAAAGAGGAGGCCAAAAAGUUAGAAGAAAAGACAGAGCAGAAAGAUGGAGGAGAUAGCAAAACCACAAACACCACAGGAAGCAAUUCUUUUCUUAUUAAAACUUCCCUUCUUACACUUGCAUUUUUGCUUUUUUAA